UACGAGUGUAUACGCAUGGGAAACAAUUUGUCUUUAGAAAAAUCUCCUUUAUACUUUCAUUUGGUGCGACUGAGAUGAAAUUAAACUUCAUUUGACAGAGUAUUCUUAUAUUUCAGUGUUCAAUCCAUCUAUGAAUGAGAGCAGAGCAUGGAGAAAGCAGUAUCCUUUUACAUUGGCAUUCGGCCUCACUAUCCACAAGGCACAAGGAAUGACACUUGACAGGGUUGAGGUAGACUGUAGGGAUAUAUUCCGGCCUGGGCAGCUGGGCGUGGCACUCUCACGUACAAGAAGACCAGAAGGACUGCGGGUCAUCAACUUCCAUCCGAGAUAUGCACUGAAACCUGCAAAGAAAGUGACAGACUUCAUGGAUCAGAUCCCAAAGGAAACACUGACAGAUAAGAGCUGUUGCCAUAUAAAGAUAAGGCAAGAGGGCCCUAUGCUUACUGGUGACCAAGGAGACGAUGAAGAUUACACACAGGAGCAGCCCAUGAUGACAGACCCAACUGUUGAAGAGAGGUAAAUACUACUUGUAAAAUUU